GACUGGCGUCCCUGCAAGAAGGCGAAGGACUCCGUUCAAAAGCACGUCAGCGAUAUAGUCAUCGUGAACGACAACAUCUUUGAGUGCAAGCCCGGAGCCUGCCUGGACGCCAGCGAGGCCUCGCAGGCACAGGAGCUCGCCGCGAGCAUCCACGCGACGAGCAGAGAGGAGCGCAACGACAUCCGCGAGGCCUUCCAGGAGGAGGGGCGCGUGACGCGGUGGCUGUGCUCCUACGAGUCCAUCGCGCAGGGCGAGAGCGUGCUGUAUCGCUGCGUGCUCCAGUGCUUCUUGCCAUGGGAGCCCGCGCCCGGGCAGCGCGAGCUGGCGGGCCCCUGGGCCUACCUGGUGGAGGGCGAGAGGUACCAGUUCUCCAUCUCGGAGCGGUUGGUCUACUCCGAGGCAGACCCGUCUGGCGGGAUGAUCACAGGAACGCUGUCCGAGGGCGAGGGCGGCUGGUUGGAGGCGCGCACCAUGCACGGGGACGGGCGCAUCGGCCCGAUCGUGCGGCUGCGAUUCCUGCGGGGCCGGGCGAGACUGGAGGUUCAGUCCCGCGACCUCGGCAUUGCCAUGUGGAGCUGCAGCGCCGUCGCCCGCAGGAGCCUCCAGUGCAGCUUCACCGGGUACGGGGGGGGCCCGGGCAUGUCCGCGGUCUCUGCGAUGGAGAGGGCGCUGCAGGAGCCCGCUGGCCAGCGCCCCGCGUCGCGCACCCCAGCUCCCCCUCGUCGAAGGGCAGGAAGGCCGCCGCGGUCGCCGAGGCCGAGGACCCUGCGAGCCAGCGCUUCGAGGCCGCCACGAGGCGGCUGA